CGAGCCGCCGCGCCCGGGACGGUGCGCAGCGCUAGCGCCCCGGCCCUCCGCGAGUGAGCCGCCCGCUGCGGCCCCCCGAGCGCCGGCCGCCGGCCCCCGCCGAUCCCCUCCGGCCCCUGCCGCCCCGGGCGCGCCACCAUGGGGCCCCGGCUGGGCGUCUGGCUGCUUCUGCUGCCCGCCGCCCUCCUGCUCCACGAGGAGCGCAGCCGGGCCGCGGCGAAGGGUGGUUGUGCUGGCUCUGGCUGUGGGAAGUGUGACUGCCAUGGAGUGAAGGGACAGAAGGGCGAGCGAGGCCUCCCAGGGUUGCAAGGUGUCAUCGGGUUUCCCGGGAUGCAAGGGCCCGAGGGGCCACAGGGGCCCCCAGGACAGAAGGGUGACACUGGAGAACCCGGGCUGCCUGGAACGAAAGGCACAAGAGGACCCCCCGGAGCGUCAGGUUACCCUGGAAACCCAGGACUGCCUGGUAUUCCUGGCCAAGACGGUCCCCCCGGUCCCCCAGGUAUCCCCGGAUGCAAUGGAACAAAGGGCGAGCCAGGGCCUCUGGGGCCCCCGGGUUUGCCUGGAUUCGCUGGAAAUCCUGGACCGCCAGGAUUACCAGGAAUGAAGGGGGAUCCAGGUGAAAUCAUUGGCCAUGUGCCUGGGACCCUGUUGAAAGGUGAAAGAGGAUUUCCUGGACCCCCAGGAACACCAGGCUCGCCAGGACUGCCGGGCCUGCAAGGUCCUGUUGGCCCUCCGGGAUUUACCGGGCCGCCAGGUCCUCCAGGCCCUCCUGGCCCUCCAGGUGAAAAGGGGCAAAUGGGCUUAAGUUUUCAAGGGCCAAAAGGCGACAAGGGUGACCAGGGGGUCAGUGGGCCUCCAGGAGUGCCAGGACAAGCUCAAGUUCAAGAAAAAGGAGACUUUGCCACUAAAGGAGAGAAGGGUCAGAAAGGUGAACCUGGAUUUCAGGGAAUGCCAGGGCUUGGAGAGAAAGGGGAGCCUGGAAGACCAGGGCCCCGAGGAAAACCUGGAAAAGAUGGCGAAAAAGGAGAAAAAGGGAGUCCAGGCUUCCCAGGCGACGCGGGGUACCCGGGACUUCCAGGCCGCGAAGGUUUCAAGGGAGACAAAGGUGAAGCAGGUCCUCCAGGCCCACCUGGAAUUGCCAUCGGUCCCCCAGGACCGCCUGGAGAAAAAGGAGAGCGGGGGUACCCGGGCACCCCAGGGUUGAGAGGAGAGCCAGGCCCCAAAGGGUUCCCAGGAUUACAAGGCCAGCCAGGUCCUCCAGGCUUCCCAGUACCAGGGCAGGCGGGUGCUCCUGGCUUUCCCGGUGAAAGAGGUGAGAAAGGUGACCAAGGGUUUCCAGGCACCUCUUUGCCGGGACCAAGCGGAAGAGAUGGGCAACCGGGCCCCCCCGGGCUUCCCGGGCCCCCUGGACAGCCAGGCCACACGAAUGGAAUUGUGGAAUGUCAGCCUGGACCGCCUGGGGAUCAGGGUCCCCCUGGAAUUCCGGGGCAGCCAGGGCUGACGGGCGAGGUUGGAGAAAAAGGUCAGAAAGGAGACAGCUGCCUCAUCUGUGACACAGAAGGACUUCGUGGGCCCCCUGGGCCGCAGGGCCCCCCGGGAGAAAUAGGUUUCCCAGGACAGCCAGGGGCGAAGGGCGACAGAGGCUUACCUGGCAGAGAUGGUCUGGAGGGAUUGCCUGGCCCGCAAGGCACACCGGGGCUGAUGGGCCAGCCGGGAGCCAAGGGAGAGCCUGGAGAGAUUUACUUCGACGCACGGCUCAAAGGAGACAAAGGAGACCCAGGCUUUCCAGGACAGCCUGGGAUGCCAGGCAGAGCAGGGUCUCCUGGGAGAGAUGGCCAUCCGGGUCUGCCCGGCCCCAAAGGCUCCCCGGGUUCAGUAGGAUUGAAAGGAGAGCGUGGACCCCGGGGAGUUGGAUUCCCUGGCAGUCGAGGUGACAUCGGCCCUCCUGGGCCUCCAGGGUUUGGCCCUAUUGGCCCUGUUGGUGACAAAGGACAAGCGGGUUUUCCGGGGACCCCUGGAUCCCCAGGCCAGCCAGGUCCCAAGGGUGAAGCAGGAAAAGUUGUGCCUCUACCUGGUCCCCCUGGAGCACAAGGACUUCCGGGAUCCCCAGGCUUCCCAGGGCCACAAGGUGACCGAGGUUUUCCUGGAACCCCAGGAAGGCCAGGCCUCCCGGGAGAGAAGGGCACUGUCGGCCAGCCCGGAAUCGGAUUUCCAGGGCCUCCUGGCCCCAAAGGUGUUGAUGGCUUACCUGGAGAUGUGGGACCUCCUGGGAGUCCAGGUCGCCCGGGAUUUAACGGCUUACCUGGCAACCCGGGCGUGCCCGGCCAAAAGGGAGAGCCGGGCAUUGGUCUGCCAGGGCUCAAAGGAUUGCCGGGUCUUCCCGGCGUUCCCGGCACACCUGGAGAAAAGGGGAACAUCGGGGGACCAGGUGUUCCUGGAGAGCAUGGUGCUGUCGGCCCCCCAGGCCUUCAGGGAAUCAGAGGUGACCCAGGACCGCCUGGAUUACAAGGUCCCAAAGGAGCUCCGGGAGCUCCUGGAAUUGGCCCCCCUGGAGCGAUGGGCCCCCCUGGAGGACAGGGACCACCAGGAUCCUCAGGCCCUCCCGGAGUGAAAGGAGAGAAGGGCUUUCCCGGAUUUCCAGGCCUGGACAUGCCAGGUCCCAAAGGAGAUAAAGGGUCCCAAGGGCUGCCUGGCCUGACGGGACAGUCGGGGCUCCCUGGUCUCCCCGGACAGCAGGGCACACCUGGGGUGCCUGGGUUUCCAGGUCCCAAGGGAGAGAUGGGCGUCAUGGGGACCCCGGGGCAGCCUGGCUCACCGGGACCAGCGGGCCUGCCAGGAUUACCAGGAGAGAAAGGGGACCACGGCUUCCCGGGCUCCUCGGGACCCAGGGGAGACCCUGGCUUCAAGGGGGACAAAGGAGACGUGGGUCUCCCUGGCAUGCCUGGCUCCAUGGAUAAGGUGGACAUGGGCAGCAUGAAGGGUCAGAAGGGAGACCAAGGAGAGAAAGGACAGACUGGACCAACUGGUGAUAAAGGAUCCCGGGGAGACCCUGGAACCCCGGGAGUACCUGGAAAGGACGGGCAGGCGGGGCAUCCUGGGCAGCCAGGACCUAAAGGUGACCCAGGCAUAGGAGGAACCCCGGGCGCUCCAGGACUCCCUGGACCCAAGGGAUCAGUUGGUGGAAUGGGCCUGCCAGGAACACCUGGAGAAAAAGGUGUGCCUGGGAUCCCUGGCCCACAGGGCGUCCCUGGCUUACCCGGGGAGAAAGGAGCCAAAGGAGAGAAAGGGCAGGUGGGCCUCCCUGGCAUUGGAAUUCCGGGCCGUCCUGGGGACAAGGGAGAUCAAGGGGUCGCAGGCUUUCCGGGCAGUCCUGGAGAGAAAGGAGAGAAAGGCAGCGCUGGUACCCCAGGGGUCCCCGGCUCCCCGGGCCCCAAAGGCUCGCCAGGGAGUGUCGGCUAUCCAGGAAGCCCCGGAUUGCCGGGAGAAAAAGGUGACAAAGGUCUCCCGGGAUCGGAUGGCAUUCCCGGCAUCAAAGGAGAAGCAGGUCUUCCUGGGACUCCUGGCCCCACGGGCCCAGCCGGCCAGAAAGGGGAGCCCGGCAGAGACGGAAUCCCGGGGUCGGCGGGAGAGAAGGGUGAAGCAGGUCUGCCCGGAAGAGGAUUCCCAGGGUUUCCAGGGGCCAAAGGAGAGAAAGGUUCAAAGGGCGACGUGGGUUUCCCGGGACAAGCCGGGAGUCCAGGCAUCCCCGGAUCCAAAGGAGAGCAAGGAUUCAUGGGUCCCCCGGGGCCACAAGGGCAGCCGGGCUUGCCUGGGACCCCGGGCCAUGCCGUGGAGGGGCCCAAAGGAGACCGGGGUCCGCAGGGCCAACCUGGCCUGCCAGGGCUUCCGGGACCUGUGGGGCCUCCAGGGCUCCCUGGGCUUGACGGACUCAAAGGUGACAAAGGAAACCCGGGCUGGCCGGGGGCUCCUGGAACUCCAGGGCCCAAGGGAGAGCCAGGAUUCCAAGGCCUGCCUGGGAUUGGUGGCUCGCCAGGGAUCACGGGCUCUAAGGGUGACAUGGGGCCUCCAGGAGUGCCAGGAUUUCAAGGUCAGAAAGGCCUCCCUGGCCUGCAGGGAGUGAAGGGGGAUCAAGGUGACCAGGGCUUCCCUGGAAGUAAAGGCCUUCCUGGCCCCCCGGGCCCCCCGGGACCCUACGAUGUCAUCAAAGGGGAGCCAGGGCUUCCUGGUCCUGAGGGUCCCGUAGGUCUGAAGGGGCUCCCGGGGCCUCCAGGCCCCAAAGGACAGCAAGGUGUGACAGGAUCCGCGGGCUUACCUGGACCGCCCGGUGUUCCUGGUUUUGACGGCGCGCCUGGCCAGAAAGGAGAGACAGGACCCUUCGGCCCUCCUGGUCCGCGAGGGUUUCCCGGCCCGCCAGGCCCUGAUGGGUUGCCAGGAUCCAUGGGUCCCCCAGGCACCCCGUCUGUUGAUCACGGCUUCCUUGUGACCAGGCACAGUCAAACUACGGAUGACCCACAGUGUCCUCCUGGGACCAAAAUUCUUUACCACGGGUACUCCUUGCUCUAUGUGCAAGGCAACGAACGGGCCCACGGCCAGGACUUGGGCACGGCUGGCAGCUGCCUGCGCAAGUUCAGUACGAUGCCCUUCCUUUUCUGCAACAUCAACAAUGUGUGUAACUUCGCCUCCCGAAAUGACUACUCCUACUGGUUGUCCACGCCUGAGCCCAUGCCCAUGUCCAUGGCGCCCAUCGCUGGGGACAAUAUCAGACCGUUUAUUAGCAGGUGCGCAGUGUGUGAGGCGCCAGCCAUGGUGAUGGCCGUGCACAGCCAGACCAUUCAGAUCCCGCAGUGCCCCAGCGGCUGGUCCUCCCUCUGGAUUGGCUAUUCCUUCGUGAUGCACACCAGUGCCGGUGCUGAAGGUUCGGGCCAAGCCCUCGCGUCCCCCGGGUCUUGUCUGGAAGAGUUUAGGAGCGCGCCAUUCAUCGAGUGCCACGGCCGUGGGACCUGCAACUACUAUGCGAACGCUUACAGCUUCUGGCUUGCCACCAUCGAGAGAAGCGAGAUGUUCAAGAAGCCCACGCCAUCCACCUUGAAGGCCGGGGAGCUGCGCACACACGUCAGUCGCUGCCAAGUCUGUAUGAGAAGAACGUAAUGAAGCCUGGCCCUCUGCUAACGUACAACAUGGUGCUACUCCCUCCUCUUCCCCUUCUUUUUUUUUAACAGCAACGAACCCUAGAAAUAUAUCCUGUGUACCUCACUGUCCAGUAUGAAAACCGUAAAGUGCCUUAUAGGAACUUGCGUAACUAACACACCCUGCUUCGGUGACCUCUACUUGCUGAAGGAGAAACAAAGACCAUGAUAAGCUGUCAUAGUGACAUACCAAGUGGCACUUGUGAUGAAAUAAAAGUCUAAGUCUGUCCUACAAUCCAGUGCACUGAUGUGUAACUUGAGAACUCCAUCAGGAAACCAAAGGGUGCUAGGAGGUGUGCGGGGCCUUCCGUUCUGUUCGAAUGCCCGUUUCCACUCUUGUAUUAUAGCAGAUGCCUUGUCAGCCCCGGAUGGGAUGUCUGUUUGUGUCACUGUCGAGCUGGGUCUGUACAAACAGCCAUCACGUAACCACGGUGUUUCGGAGCUGCACGUGGAAUGUGGGCUCGGCAGCCGGAUCUUCCAACCCCAAAUAUAAAUUUAGGUCUUUCUGCUCUGUGUGGUACUAUGCAGCUGCUUUUGCAGAAAUCACGAAUUUCCUGUGGAAUAAAGAUGGUCCAAAAGUAGGCAGAAAUUAAAUAUAUAUAUAUUUUAGUAAUUUAUAUAGAUGUCAGCAAUUAGGCAGGUCAAGUUUUCGUUUCAUUUCCACUGUUAAAAUAAAGCUUACAUAGUUUCUUCCUCGAAAAGACUGUGUUGUCCUUUCACAUAGAUUUUUGAACACUCGGGUGUUGGAUGGAAAUAUCCGUUCUCACUGUUCACCUCCAAACCAAAACUCGUGUAUCAGCCAAAGCCAAACCCAGGUUCAUGAGCGCGGUGUUUAUUACAGUGAAGCAUGUACUUUGGGCUUUAUUGUUUUUUUUUUUUCUGUAUUAAGUAUCUUCAGGGUUUUAAGCACUAAUCACAACUGAAUGACUUGACUUCAAAACCAGCAACCGUAAAAGGCCUGCGUUUCAUUCGUAUUCCUCAUUCUGCAGCCUGGUGCGGAAAACAGCUCUGUAGGAUCUUAGUGUCAGUAACCCGCGUGGAAGCGCUCCGUGUGGCUUCCUUGUUCCCGGGAGCACUGUGCGCAUGUCAGCAGGGAACGGGUGGAUUGCAGGAGAGCAGAACUGACCACUAUGCCCGAAAUGACAUUUCACCCAAAGUCUCCAAAACGUUUAAGACUACUAAGGCCUUUUAUGUAAUUUCUCUCAAUGUGUAUUUCUUAAAAAUUCAAAUUUGUAAUAAAACUAUUUGUAUAAAAAUUAA